CGUAUCAAAAAAAUUUCUUAAUUAAUUAUUUAAUUAUAAAACUCUAAAAUAGCAAAUUCAUCGGAAAAGAAUUUAUUUAAUGGAGUUUCAUAAACUUGAUAAAUAUCCAAGGGACAGAAGACUAGAAGGAUGGGAUCUUUUUCAUGUUCAUCCCGAUUUAAAUAUUCAUUGUAAAGAUUUGGGAUCCCGCGAAAAUAUGUCAAUAUCACCUGAAAAAUAUGUAAUCUGUAAAGAAAAGCAAAUUUUCGAUGAACGUUUUGUUUCAAAAUGGCAUGGAGAAUUAUCACCAAAAUAUACAUUUCCAAUAUUAAUAUUAGCCGAAAUUCUUGGUCGAUUUUUACCGUUUGAAAAUAAAUGCGAAAUAAUUAAAGAUAACUUUAUUAUACCUUAUAUAAACUUUGCUGAAUUUACUGGAAUACUGGAUGGUUUUCAAUCUGAAAAUUUAUUUAAAGAUCUUAAUGGCAAAAAUUUAUAUCUAUUUUGUAAUGAAAGUUUAGUAAGAGAAGUUUACGAUUUUAAACUACCCAAAUCAUUUAAGCCUAAUAAUCUUAAGGAAAUAUGGAAUAUAUACUUUUUAAUUGGAAAAAAAACGCCACUAUUUAAGACAAACUAUAAAUUAUUCGAGACCAUUGCUUACGGCUGUUUAAGACAAUACUUUCUAACAAAUAUAUUUCAAGUGUUUUCUGAAAGCGACAAAGAUCAAAAUGGUUUUCUUAUUAAUAAUCAAAAAGUGUCGGAAAUUAAAAAUUUUGGUGUUAAAUGGAUAAAAUCCAACACAAAUUUCCAAGAUAUCGAAUACGUAAUGAUUAAUAGAUCGGCAACCUUAAUGCAAUCAAAGGUAACUGCACAAAGGAGUCCAAUAACUUUUGAUCGGUUCUUAUUGCGAGUAAUUUGGUAUACGGAAAUGUUAAAUACAUUCCUAUGGCAAUUUUCGAUUUUUGACAAGGAUAAUGAUAGAAUACUCAGAUACAAGGGAAAAGAUCAUAAGAGCGAAGUUGAAUUGAUUAAUACCUGUGGUUUACCUGAAUUGAUUGAACCGCUCAAGAAAACUUUUAUUAAAGGACAAGACAUCGAUCGUCAAAGCUGGAUAGAGGCAUUCUAUAAAAAUUACGCUAAUUACGAUGGUCAUUCGAUAAAUAUUUAUGAACACUCGAAAGAAUCCUUAAAAGUAACGCCAAAUUACGUCGGUUUAUAUUUCCUUGCAUUUAUUCAACUUACUAAAAACCAACUCGAAAAGGCACCAAGUAAAUAUUUCUUAAAUAGAGGAGCAGAUCUAUCAUCUGGAAAACAAUGGAAUGAAAGGAAAAGUAUAUCGAAAGCGUAUAAAAAUGCUAGAAAAUAUCUAUUCAAACUAGCGACAAACAAUUCGAUAGAAACUUUUCUUAAACCUAACCUAGAAUUUUUUAAGAAAACCGGAAAAGAUAAAGUAUCGGAAUUUCUAACAAAUAUCUAUUGGAAAAAGGCAUCUCCAUGUCCAAUUUAGACGAAAU